GUUGCUUUUCGUUACCUCAAUGGUUGGUGGAUGUAUACACAAGUAUGUGCCCAUGACGUCUGCGAUCGAUAAAGGCUUGAACCCGGAAUAGUUUUUAAGUGAAGAGAAAUGAGCGCGUUAGGAUGAUGGCACGUGUUUAAAUUGUUUGAAAAAUAAUAGUAAGAUUUUGUUAACGAAGAUCGUUAAAAGUUGAUUAACCGCCAUGUCUCGGAAUGGACCAAUCAGACGCACGACGUGCCGCUGCGAGUCCUCGAAUAAUCUAUCCACAGACGAAUGACAACAAAAGAGAUUGAUAGAGUUAGGAAGCUUCAUAGGAAUACGUAUUUACGAAGGAUUUAACACAUUUUCCUUCUGUUGACAAGGCAAAUAAGUUUUUAUCGUAGUGGUGAAAGUGUCGGGGAAUAUGAAGAGAAGAAAUGCCGAGUGCGGCAAGCUUCGGAGGCCCUUGAAACGAAACAAAAUUACGGAAGGAAUUUACGGAAGUACGCUGCUUUACUUGAAGUUUCUCCUGCUAUGGGCGAUGGUGAUUUUGGCAGACUUCAUUCUAGAGUUCAGAUUUGAAUUCCUCUGGCCAUUCUGGCUUCUCCUUCGAAGCGUUUACGAUUCUUUCAAAUACCAAGGCUUGGCCUUCUCCGUCUUUUUUAUUUGCAUCGCCCUAACGUCAGAUAUGAUUUGCUUCUUCUUCAUCCCUGUGCACUGGCUCUUCUUUGCCGCUAGCACGUAUGUUUGGGUACAAUACGUCUGGCAUACAGAUAAAGGUGUUUGCCUGCCAACGGUGAUGCUGUGGCUCCUGUUCCUUUACAUAGAGGCAGCAGUACGGUUACGUGAUCUGCGCCACAUGCCGUUUCAUCUGGAUCUCUGUAGGCCCUUUGCUGCACAUUGCAUUGGCUAUCCUGUAGUCACAUUAGGCUUUGGUUUCAAAAGCUACGUGGGCUACAGAAUGAGACAGAGAAAACAAAAAGAUGUAGCUAAGGAAAACGAGUUUUACCUUCAGCUGCUACAGCAAGCACUGCCCGUUGAACAGCAGGCUGCGACUAUGCAGCAGCUUCAGCCACAGGCUCAAUUGCAAACACAGUUAGCCUCUGCCCCUCAGGAGCAACACACAAAGUCACAGUUGCACAGGCACAAUCCACAGUACAACACAAGUCCUGAGAAGAGUAGAGGAGGUUGUAGCGUAACUACAGAAGCGAGCAUACAAAAUGGUGGAGUACAACACAGUGGCACGCAAAGCGCGUCACAAGCACAAAAUGCUGCCACCAAAAACAGUCACAGAAAGUCACUUGACAAAGGGGAUAACAAACAGGACGAGCAACAAAACAAACAGAAUGCAACAAAUGUUUCACAGAAUGACAAAAGUGAUAAGAAGUUUGCACACAGUAAUGGAACCACAGUGCCUCACAACGACCUACAAUUUAUUGAGAGGGUUGGACCAGUCUCUGUUCUGAAAUUCAGCUCUGUGAACGACUUUGACAUAAACGAAGUAGAAAAGGAUAAAUCAGUGAAAGGGGGAGGUUCUGCGCACACCUCUGUUAAAAUACAGUCCAAUGGAUCUGCCGGAGGAAAGUGGAAUAACGUUAAAGAGAGCCGAGACUCUUCGACGACGGUAAAUGGUCAACGAGAGCGAAAAGGCCGACAAGCUAAAUCGACAGUCGAAACAGUAGCAGAGCAACAAAAACAGCAAGAUGAAUAUUGUCAGAGGUUACUGGUGUGUCGCAGGCUCGAGGCUGACAUCAAACGACUAAAAUCAGACCUCCAGUCAAGUCGGCAGGUCGAACAGGAGUUGCGUUUGCAGAUCAGUACGCUAGUCACUGGGGAGCGACAAGCCAAAGGUGACAUUCAGCAGCUGCAGCACGAUAACGAUCAGCUGCAGAAUAAAUUACACGGGCUGGUGACAGCGCGUCAAUUAGAUAAACAGACCAUGUCGUCUUUGGAAAGACGAAUAACAGAGGAGAGAAGGCAGCGGAGUACCUGCGAAGCGUCUUUGGCUGCAGAAAGACGGGCACGUCGUGUGGCAGAGGAAGCUCGAAGCUCCAUUCCACCACCGCCGCCACCUGUAAGGCAAGAGUGUACGGACGCUUGUAAAUCUCGAAGAGCACAAAUGGAACAGGAUCUGAAGAGCCUGCGUCGAGAACUCAAAGCAAAAGACGAAAGGUACGCUGCACUUGAGAAGGAUGUUGCACGAUGUAAGGAAAGCCAUGGUGAGACCGAAAUCCUGCUUGGAGCAUUUAGUGCUCUGCAGGAUAAGAAUGCUCAUCUUGAAAAUAGCCUCAGCGCCGAAACGCGAAUCAAACUCGACCUUUUCUCAGCCCUUGGGGAAGCAAAGCGUCAGCUGGAAAUCAGAGAGAGUUUGAUAAGAACACAGGAGAAGGAAAUCGAGACGUUGAAAGCCAAGAUUGCACAAGAUUUGGCAGUUAUGCCUCAAGAUUCGUUCGGUCCUGGUCCAGCACCGAGUUCGGCCACGUCGAAGCUUCGCUUGAAUAACGAAGUACGAGUUGGAGGUAAUAAAAUACGCGGGAAUGAAAAUCCCUUUCCGGGAUGCACCGUAUCCAAUCUGGAUCCAAACGCUACCGCAUAUACGCCGAAAGGUUCUUUGGUCGCGUCCACGGAGGCUUGAGGUCCUCUUAUUCGCCUUCAAAAUCAUAGCCCCACAAAGUCAGAGUCCAAUAAUAAACUUGACCAGCCAACGUCAAACAUGUUUUGGGUUAAAUUCAGCUAAAACAGAUUUUUUUCUAUGUGGAAAUGAAUACUUCAUUUUACACGUUAUUUUUCAAUUGUUCUAACAAGGGAUAUUGGCAUUUUCUCUGUUAUUUAAUUUCUUAGGCAAAAUGUAAAUUACUUAUUUGAAAUUGGAAUUUUUUUUUAGUAUUAUGCGAUCAAAGUCGAGCUCGUAAACCUCAAUUUUCUUUUAUUUGCCGGAGUUAUCCUGAAACAUGAUUUGUACAGACCGUCGGAUCGUUGUCAAUACGACGUAAGUGUACGCGUGACAUUUGAAACGGAACUUACCUGAAUGAAUUGGCGUUUUAUAUCCACACUGUUUACAUACGCUGUUCCGAAGUUUGUUAUUAAAAAGAUUACCUAAUUGUCGAGAUAAAUUGCGAUUUAGUCCAUUCAUCUGUAACGUAAAGACUGCUAUAUAUUUUUUAAAUUAAAACAAAUUCCAAUUUGAAAGAGAGUGAAAUUUGUAGUGUAAACAAAUCGAAUCAUCAAAUUCCGUGAAUCCAACCACUUUUGAAUAACAAUAAUAACAUAAUGCAAAUGAUCAAAUGAAAAAGUAAACUUAAGGCCACAGUACCAACGGCGAUUUAGAAAAAUUGCUUUGAAAACUUUUUCGCAACCUUCGCACAGCGUAUUCAUAAUCUUAUAAUGGCUCGUGAGGACGUUGACUCUCAUUUAAGUCGUAACCUGAAACUAGUCCACCCUAAAAUUGUAUUUAUUGUCAUCAGUAUAAUAAGCCAUUAAAAUCACAUGAACAUUGAUUGCAAUCACAAAGAUGAAGGUAUAAAAAAAAAACCAUAAAAAAUAAAGUGCAGUUUGUUGCUACCUAUUUAAAGCAUUCAAUAAUGAGGUUUGACCAGUAAAAGAUAAAAUUGAAGGAACGGGGCACUGAAGUUUAUUCUUUUUGGUCCUUGGGUAGAACUCUCUGUAGAUUACACGAUAUGAAUUUCUAUAAUUGUUUCGGUAUCUGAUUUAUUGAAAGAUUAGAUUCGACUAUUGUUGUUCUGGUUACGGAGAAUUUUAUAAAAUUUCAGGCGGACGCGACGAGAAAUAAUGAGUAAACUAGGUGAAUUAAAACUUGAAAGGCGAAAAUCUUGGUUUUCUGUUGAUGAUUUCGCGAAUUGUUUAUUGGUGUUGUGUUGAUUUUUUAUUUGCAUUGCGGGGUUCGAAAUUGUUUUCUUCAGAACUAACGUCAAGACGUUAAAAAUGCAACUUUUUUGUUUGAUGAUAUUCUACGUCAAAAUGGGAAGCCAGUUUGGAUAUAUCAUAGCACCCAUCAUCGCCAUAUAUACACAUUAUCUCACUUGUAUAUAUAAAGCACUCUCAUGACAUUUAAUUUAUUCAUUAUUUAUUGUUUAAACAGCGAAAAGUGUUGCGGGGAGGAUUUACUAUACAUACCGUUGUGGACACAAAUUUUCGUUUGUUGAAUGUUUAUUUCAUUUGACCGCAUCUUAAAUUUCAAUUGUAUUAUUCGCCGAUGAUGCUCGUUUGGUUAAAGUAAUUCUAAUAUUUGUAAAUAAAAAAAAAAAAAUAAUGCCAUUGCAGGGCUGGUAUCGGAUGAUUAGUCGUCACUUUUUUUCAUGAACAAUCUAGUGAUAAAUUAGGUCCAAGUUACGCCAAACUUUAAAAGUUGAGUGAUGUAUAAAUUUUUCAUUCGGUUUAUUCAAAGGUUGGUAUUGUACCAAUAAUUUUAUGCAUUUGUCACAUAUUGAUAAUAUUAUUGAAUGUGUGAGUAAUGUAAAAUAUUAAAAUUUUAUUGA